AUGGGGUCUAUCAAUAAUCAAGUAUCGCGCUACGAAAUCACUGCCGUCUUCACCCAUCCUGACGCCAAAGUCGAUAUCGUCUUAGUUCACGGGCUCAAUGGUACGCCUAAAUCGACAUGGACUGCCCAAAAUAAUGUCUUUUGGCCUACGGAUCUCCUUCCGCUGUCACUGAGGAGCGUCCGCGCAAAUAUUCUAGUUUACGGCUACAACGCAGAUGUCUACUCUAGCAGGAAUGAUCGAAGCGCCAGCGAUAACUUCAUAUACCAACAUGCUCAAACUCUUGUCACCAAUUUGACUCUCUACCGCAAAAGUGAGGGCACGUUCUAUAACCCAAUCAUAUGGGUAGCACAUGGUCUGGGUGGCCUUCUCAUUAAACGCUCUCUCCUGUAUUCCAACGACAUCAAAGACAGGAGCUUUGAGGAUGCGAGGUCCAUCUUCAUUUCCACCUACGGCGUCAUAUUUUUAGGGACUCCUCAUACCGGAUCCGGCGCGGCAACAUGGAGCCUCGUCUUGCAAAACAUGUCUGACGCCAUCAUACCUCGGAGGAUGUUUGAGGGCGAAUCUAUUCUCCUCAGGGCUUUGAGAAGAGACAACGAAAUCUUGCAAAGCAUAAAUAGCAAUUUUCUCGAUGUUUAUCAACGAUUUAAAAUUCAUAUGGCUCACGAAAGUCACAAAACUGAUAUCAGGGGUACAAGAGUGAUAGUAGUCGAUGCAACUUCGGCUAGCCCACAGUUGCCUGGUGUAAUAUCCUACGGUAUCGAAGCCACUCAUUCCGGCAUGUGCAAAUUUGACGGCAUCAAUGCACCUGGAUACAGAAAUGUGUCAUUUGCCAUCCGCCAAUGGGUCGAGGAGGCCCCAUCAGUUAUUCAAACUCGGUGGGAAAUCGAAUUAGAGGAGAGAAAAGCCAGAGCUCACUAUGAAUCUGCAGAAAGAGCACGUGAAUCUAAUAAUCCAGUGGAGGCGUUUUCUUCUGAUUUCGGCACAACUGGCCUCUAUCAGACUUUGCCCUCAGGCGCUGCCAGUACUACUAUAUCCCCUUCUCAAUCCGGGACUCUCCAGGGUUCAACCUCGCAGCGGGAACCUCCGUUUGUUCAUCCUGAACGCUUUCGUCCUAACUCGUUUUUCAAGGGACGCGAGGAAGAAUUGGAGGACCUACAUCGGAUGCUCGUAGACAGAAAUAGGCGACUAGAAGGUACAUCUGCGGUUUUAAUCCAGGGAAUCCCUGGAGCAGGGAAAACACAUCUGGCCCGGCAGUAUGUCUUCAGUCACAAACAACACUACCCUGGGGGCAUUUACUGGAUCAGAUCUACAACCCUACAAGACAUGGAGAACGGCUUUUGGCAGAUUGCUAAGACCGAAGCCAUCAGAGAGAUGGUUGGCCAGGAGAAAAAUAAUGAUCUGUCUAAUCCACGAAAGAUGGUGGAAAUAGUGCGCAACUGGUUUAAUGAUUUUGAAGGUUGGCUGCUGGUCCUUGACGGCAUUCGUUUCGAUAGCCCAGAUGUGGGGGACUUCAUCCCUGAUAGCAAGAACAGCAGCCUUAUUUUUACGUCAACGGAGCGAGCUGUUGCAGGGAGCUACCUCCUAGACAACCCGAGCGUCAUGGAGCUCGGCAUGCUUCCAGCUCAAGACGCGCAGGAACUGCUUCUCGAGGAAAUGGGAAAGAAGAAGCCAUACACGACAGAUGACUUGAGACGGGCCUUGGAACUGGUACAGUUGAUGGACCGUCUUCCAUUGAUGAUCCAUGCCGCCGCGCAGCAAAUGAACGCUACCAGAGAGCCACUCGCGAAAUAUCUCAAGUCCUUUCAAGAUAAGCCAAGGGUCGGCAUGCUGCCUGCUUAUAAGAAAAUCCGCGACCAGCUCCAAGAUCGUGGCGACACUUCUGCACUAAAUCUCAUUUAUAUUCUCUCUUUUUUUAGCCAAUUGGUGCCUGUGGAGAUGUUGGCACUUGGUAUGAAGGCUCUGGACAAGCGCACUCCUGUCAAGACAGAGGUUAACGGGAAAAAGAGAAGCCUGAACAAGACUUUCGUUAUCCUCAUCAAGUUUGCGCUUAUUGAGAGGAAUGAGAUGGACGAUAUACCGUCUUCUAGCUCUCGAAGCUCCGACAAAAGCAUCGAUGUUAAUGCAGAGCCAUUAGACAUCCUCCGGAUCCACAGCAUUGUUCAGGCCUUCUUCAUCGAGCUUCUGGCCGAAGAGAAACAAUUGAUAUUCUGGCUAGAAAGGGCAAUCCGCGUCUUUUGCCUUUCGUUUGACGAAGCGGACUCAAGGAUGAAGAAGGACCCAUCAACCGGGCUGCCUGAUGACUAUAGGAGAUACACAAUCCAUGGAAGGAAACUAAUUGAGCAUCUGGACCGUUAUUACAAGCCGAAGGAAACCUCCAGAGGCAACGUUGCAGAACUCACCGCAGCAAGGGAAGAUCUAGAAGCCCGUCUGUCGAGACUUUCUAGAGAAAUUGACGAAUUACAAAGGGCCAUAUCGACAAGCAUAGUUGACGGUAGGGAGAUGAGGCAACACUCUUCGGUAUUCGAGCGCACCAACAGCAUGUCGUCACAAUCCACUAAUACAUCGAGCAAAGCCAAUCGUCCAUAUCGUGGGCUUGGGCUCGAAGAAAACUAUGUUCAGUACGAAUCACCCAUCAGUUACGAAAACCCGCAUCAUUUCCAUGUUCCGUACCCGCCCAUUUCUGAAAGUCAGUGGUCUCACGUUGGAGAACCCUCUGAUGACCGCACAGUCACCCCGUAUCCUCCAGAUACAGUCGUUGGAACAUACUCGGAAGCUGAGGACCCAGGUUGGACUGUUGUUUCUAAACAUCGGUCUAUAAAGAAGAUGGAACAAAGGCGUUACCAUGACCAUGGUGGAGCCUGGAGGCAAACAGCGAAUGGAGCCAACGACCCACGCGUUAGCAUCAGUCGUGAGUCUGCUCGCGGCCUGAUGUCUUUGCCUAGAUAUUCUAGAGGAGGACGAUCCCCAAGUCGCUCGAGGAUCUCCGCCAGAAGUGAUGCCGAGCUCGAGCUCCUCCACAUCAAACAGGUGUCGCCUCCUCCACCACGAGGUGGUGGAUAUAUACAAGACAAGGGCAGGAGCUCUAGCGCAGGUACUGCCACAGCCGCACGGCCGUGGCCAACACUAGGGAGGUCAAGUUACGCCGACGUUUUGUCAGGAACCGCAAUUGAAGAUGAGAUGCUUGCUAGCCCAACAUUUUCGAGCCCUCCAUCCAGGGCGGGAACCAUUGAUCGGAAAGCUACCUGUGAUGCCUUGUCAGUCAACAGUUUACGGACGAUAGACACAAAGGCUCCUUCCUUUUGGCAAAGAAUAAGAGAAAACCAACCACAUACGACGAUCAGCGGCCCGAACGACAUGAAAGCCAAUGAACCAUUACCCAACCAGCAUAAUCAGACAAUCCAAGCAACCCCGCCGCCGUCUUAUGUCGCUUCACUCCUGCAGCGUCUUAGGCGGCCUGCUAGUGAACCAAAGCGUCUUGAGGCAAGUGACACUGGAAAGACAAUGACCAAGCAAUCAAUGGAGUCAUUGAAGUCGCAAUCACCCGUGUCACAGCCAGCUGAAUUCCCACCAACAACAUAUCAAGGGGUUGCGAGGACUGCCAACUCAAGCCCUGGGGUGCAAUACUCUCCUUUUUACCCUCCUGGCCUACAAACUGUCACCAACACUAAAAGUAGCUUGCGGCAAGAACUUACCGAGCAGCAAAACGUACCUUCUCAGUCGAGCUAUGGGUACUGUCCGAAUGGAAGCUAUGAUGAUGUGCUUUCAUGGUCGGAAACAAACCCCCGGCAUCCGGCCGUGAAUGUCUUGUCGCCUGCAACUACCGCCCCUAUAAGUCCGGUUUUCUCCCGGCCUCCAGAUGGAUACACAUCACAACCGAUGUCAAGAAACCCGAGCUCAAACCCGCCUGUUGCAAGCAUGACGGGGUCAUCGGGCACUCCGCGUAGCAGUAACAGCGGCCAACUCAGAGCAGGUCUUACUCGCCCACGAGCACCCUCUCUUGUCGAGACAGAGCCCUCACCCCGGCUUCAGCCUUUCGAUAUACAUCAAACUUCAUACCAAGCAUGGUCACCGCGAAACAGCCGGCGCCGUGGCGACUCCCUCUUUGGAAGCAGCAGCAUGUCAGCUGCUCGCUGGUUGCCCACUGCGCAAAUCCCAAGCUUUGAAGCACCCGAAGGAAGCCCGGACUUGGCAAACUACGGAACCAGCUCUCAGAUCAGCGCUGGCGGUGAGAACAUGGCCCGAUCUGGCUCGGGAGGAAUACGCGUCGGAGAUGGUAGGAUCAUCGCGUUUGGCGAUGUGCCCGUUGACAUUGACGAAGCCGGUCGUCGAGUGCAGGACGAUUGGAAUCGACUGGAGCGAAGGGCUGUUGAAGCGGUCAACUCUUCGCGAGUGAUGAGAGCUGGCGGUGAUGGAGCGGAAUCCCCUCCUAGUACGGAGCCUGUCGGUCUGGGAAUUAUGUCGGGAUAG